AUGGACAAGUUCCGGAUGGUCUUCCAGUUCCUGCAGUCCAACCAGGAGUCCUUCAUGAACGGCAUCUGCGGCAUCAUGGCCCUGGCCAGCGCCCAGAUAUACUCAGCCUUCGAUUUCAACUGCCCCUGCCUGCCUGGCUACAAUGCCGCCUACAGCACUGGCAUCAUGCUGGUGCCGCCCCUGGUGCUCUUUCUGCUCGGCCUGGUCCUGAACAACAACGUGUCCAUGCUGGCCGAGGAAUGGAAGAGGCCGCCGGGCCGCCGGGCCAAGGACCCGGCCGUGCUCCGCUACAUGUUCUGUUCCAUGGCCCAGCGCGCGCUCAUUGCUCCCGUCGUCUGGGUGGCUGUCACGCUGCUCGAUGGCAAGUGCUUCCUCUGUGCCUUCUGCACUGCCGUGCCCGUGACUGUGCUGGGCAAUGGCAGCCUGGUGCCUGGCCUGCCUCCGACCGAGCUCGCCCGCCUGCUGGCCCGGGUGCCCUGUCCGGAGAUCUAUGAUGGUGACUGGCUGCUGGCCCGUGAGGUGGCCGUUCGCUACCUGCGCUGCAUCUCCCAGGCACUGGGCUGGUCCUUUGUGCUGCUGACCACGCUGCUGGCAUUUGUUGUGCGGUCUGUGAGGCCCUGCUUUACACAGGCUGCCUUCCUCAAAAGCAAGUACUGGUCCCACUACAUCGACAUUGAGCGCAAGCUCUUCGAUGAGACGUGCACAGAGCACGCCAAGGCCUUUGCCAAGGUCUGUAUCCAGCAGUUCUUUGAGGCCAUGAACCAUGACCUGGAGCUGGGUCACACCCAUGGGGUGCUGGCUACAGUCCCAGCCGACUCAGCUGCCCUGGCUACCACCGAAGGGGCCAAGGAGGAGAGGGAGAAGCUUCGAGGCAUCACCGAUCAAGGAGCCAUGAACAGGCUGCUCACCAGCUGGCAUAAAUGCAAGCCACCCCUGCGGCUGGGCCAGGAGGAGCCACUGAUGGGCAAUGGCUGGGCUGGGGGCGAGCCUCGGCCUCCACGCAAGGAGGUGGCCACCUACUUCAGCAAAGUGUGAGCUGUGGGCAGGUGAAGAGGCAGGAAUGGGGCAGGAAUGGGGGGGGUCUGAAUCCACAGCCCUUCAGACCCCCAAACCAGACAGAAAAAUGAAGGCUACAGGUGUGGGUGAUAGGCCCCUGGAAGAGAUAUUCACCUGCACACAUGGGGCUGGAAAUUUGGACUGGAAGAGGACCUUACACCUCCAGUUGUCACAUUGCCUUGGGUGGCCCCCGGGGAAGUGGACAGUGGAGCCAUGAGCAGUAUUAGUCAAAAGGUCCAAAAUUGGCCCAGAGGGGACAAGCUCCCACGUCCCCCACCCCUGCCGGCCCACUUUAUCUGGUUCACAGUCCCCACUCCGGCCCUGCAGUCGCCCUUGCCCCAGCACCUGCACUUGCCCAUGACGUGUUACGGUCUCUGGUCCCUUACACUCAAAGCUCAGGGAGUGAGGGCGCGUCCAGCCAGCUCCUGAAAUGGGAGUCCUCUGAGGGUUCCGCCAGGCUCCUGAGGGAGGCCAAGUGGCCCAAGGGGGCCCAAAGGACAUGACAUGCAGCCUCACCUGCUGUGACCAAUGA